AUGGACGGGGCCCAAACCACGAAAAUGCUGUGGCUUGAUUUUAUCGAAGAGUUCCACCGCUUGAAGGCUCUUUUGGGCGGAACCAUGCGGAUUGAUUCCGGAAACGACUUGGAGCCCAUCUGGAACGUUUUCAAAAUCGACACGUGCGGGACAGAGGUCCAGGAAUUGCUGCGGCUUUGCAAAGCAGAGAACACCAUCAUGACCAACAAGUUUCUCUUGAUCAACGUGGCAUUCCAUACAGCCAUCCCUGAUCAUCUCCUGGUUCAAUUCGUGAAGGAUCUCGCUUCACUCAACAUUUGCUGCUACCCUGAUGCUACAAAGCCUGAAGAUGGCGACUUCAAAAAAUUUCGCUUUCAGCUUCUUGAUACAGCCAUGCAAUCUGAGCUUUUUCUUGGACCGCAUUCCAAGUGGUGCUCUCUCCCCAGCCCUUCCAUGGCAGUAUCGCACUACGUUGGUGUCUAUUUGAUGCGGCGCAGCGCAAAUGGCCAGUCUCACGAAGUACUUACCUGUCUUCUCAACGGUCAAGCAACUCCGAAAAUGGCAUUUUUGGGUGGAAGCAUCAACUUUGCCAAAGACAAGUCUAUAGCUGCUGGGGCGAAGCGCGAGGUGUACGAGGAGACGUACGGGCAGGUUAACCUUGAUCUCGUAUCGCUGGAAGCAGCGCACGCCGCCUUGCAAAGUGGUCGCCCCAAGGAAGUUUUACAAGUUGCCCAAGACACGGGCAUGCAAGCCUGGAGAGCUAGAGCUGCACGGAGUGUGCAGGUGACGAUUUUCUUUAUUGCUCAACAGUUUACGGAUCAAGUUGUCGCAACCAUCAACUCGCACGCCCAAAAUGCGAUCAAAGACUGGGAGCGCUAUGGGGAAAAAACUGCACAUCAGCGCGGCUAUAGCUACCCCGAGACAAAAGAGUUCGAAUUUGUGAAGAUCACGGAUAACUCUUGGCCGAGACGCUUGCGCUCAGCAGAGAAGUGUACGUUUGAAGCGAGCAAAUCAGACCGCGAAACCUUUUUGCACAACGCACUGCCUAUCCCUCCUCAAGCCGGCAGGGGGACCGCUCGCACUCAGUCUCGAAAGCACGGCGGCCGCGCUGACAGACAGCAGGGCGGUUACUUUGAAGGCUAUGGCCAGCCUUACCAUGACGAUCGCUCUGACAGGCGACAGGGCGGUCAGCGACAAGGUUCUGGACAGCCUCGGUAUGGAGGUCGUGGUGGUCAUGGUGGUCAUGGUGGUCGUGGUGGUCGUGGUGGUCAUGGCGGUCGUGGCGGUCGUGGCGGUCCUCGAAAUGGGAGCGGUCGAGGUCGAUUCAACGGCAGUCAACACGAUCGCCAAGGCCGCCAAGGCCGCUAA